UCCCAGUGGCCUCGAGCGCACAGGAACGGUACGAUUCAUGGCGGCAAAACUUCUCACGCCAGAAGCCAUGGCAGGCAAGGUUGAGCACAUAUAUGCGCACGAUGCUGAAUCGUUCAUCUGGGUCCUCACGUGGAUCUGUCUUCGGUAUGAAGGUGGUAACCUCCUCAGCAAGAACAGAUCACUAGAAGGAUGGCUUAAAUCGGAUGCUACUCGAUGUAGGGAGUAAAAGAACGACUUUAGGUCAUCGACGACUUGUACCAUGUGUCCAUCAGGAUCGCAUGUAGUGUCCUGGGACGUUGUAAAGAAGUGCUUUGAGGCGAUCCACUCGCUUUAUCCACCAUCGGGGUACCGCAAACUGGGCGAUCAAUCGGCGUUCGGGUUAUUGCUUGAGGGACCUAUGCUAGAGCCUGUCUGCCAAGUAGGGCAGGUAUACUUGUAGUUGAGGCAGCGUACCUCCGGAAUUAUUAUGAGGCGUUACAAACCACUUUGUAGAAUGAACAUUCA